GAAUAAAACUCGGCGCAGAGCUCGAGACGGCCUUUAAUCCGCCGCGGUCCGGCUGAGCUCGGGUUCGAGUGUGGAGUUAGUGUGUGUGUGAUGAGUGACAGCAUGAACUUUAUCCGCAGUGAGGGGGAAUGCAGUGUAGCAGUGAGGCUAGUCCGGCUAGCAGCGGCGGUUAGCCUGCUUGUUUUUGUUUACAGUUUAAUCAGCUGGAGCCGCGGAGCAGCGCGGGAUAGAGUUUCCUCUUCAUUUAUCUCCUUUAACGGAGGAAACUGCAAGUCAGGGGGAGUUUGAUCUCUUGAUCUAGAGCUGGGUGUUAUUAUCUGGGUUUAGAGAGACUGUAAAGCUGUAAAGGAAUCCCAGCGUUACCUUCAGCGCAGGUAUGAGGUGUGAGACGCGGACUGUGUGCUGGAGAUGUCGCGUGUGAAAGACGUGGACGUGCGAUAGCCUUCUUAUGAUCUUUAACAGAAGAGACAACAUUAAAGACUGCGACGUGGAGGAAACGGUGUUGCGCGUGAAAGAUGUUCGGCGCGACGCAGACGUCCAAGUCUCAGUUCCUGGAUAAAGCGCGGCUGGCGCGGGAGGAGAGGAAGGGGCAGAAGGAGCGCGAGAGAGCGGCCACGCAGAUCCAGGCUCUGGUGCGCAGGUUUCUCUGCCGCUGUCGGCUGCAGAGGGAAAUCAGGAACGAGGUGGAUGAGUUCUUCGCCGCAGGAGAAGCAGGAGCCGCUAAGAGAAACGCGCUGUCCAUCUUUAAAAUCAGCAGGAAGUUAUUAUUCGUGUUCAGUAAGGAUGAUAAACUGAGGUUUGAGAAACUCUGCAGGACGGUUCUGAGCAGCAUGGACGCUGAGAACGAGCCGAAGGUGUGGUACGUUUCUCUGGCGCUGUCUAAAGACCUGACCAUCCCCUGGCUCAAACAGAUCAAAGACCUGCUCUGGCUCUCCUGCGAGUUCCUCAAAAAACUCAAGCCGGACAUCCUGCAGGAUAAUAAAUUAGUGACUCUGUAUCUGACGAUGCUCAUCACCUUCACCGACACGUCCACAUGGAAAAUAGUGCGAGGGAAAGGCGAGGCGCUGAAGCCUGCGUUAAACAGGAUCUGUGAGAACAUCAUGGGUCACCUCAACCAGAAGGGCUUCUACUCCGUUCUGCAGAUUUUGUUAACCAAUGGAUUGGCGAGAUCCAGACCCUCUCUCUCUAAAGGCACACUCACCGCCAUCUUCACGCUGUCACUCAGACCCGUCUUAGCAGCACAUUUCUCUGAUAACCUGCUGAGAUCUUUCCUCCUCCACAUCAUGUCCGUCCCUGCCGUCAUCUCCCAUCUCAACACGCUCACUCCAGACUGUAUGAUCACUAUGCAGACUCAUGAUCUGAUGAGGAAGUUUAUCUUGUUCCUGAGUCGAGAGGAGCAGUGUUUAGACAUCUGUGUCUGUCUGGAGGGAAGUCAUACACUCUGCUUACUGGGUAACCUGAUACAGCUGGGUUACCUGAACGUGAAGGUGUUGGAGCAGGAGGCCGGUCACUUUGUGAGAGAUCUGACAGACAUGAUGUCCUACUGCCAGAGAUACGUCUCUCAGAAAAAGUCCAACCUCACACACUGGCACCCGGUGCUGGGCUGGUUCUCCCAGACUGUCGACUACGGGCUGAACGAGUCGAUGCCGCUGGUGACGAGGCAGCUGCAGUGUCUUUGGGGCGUUCCUGUGAUCUGCACGCUCUUCUGUGACGUCCUCAGCAAAAAACUGGAGGGGCAAGAGCCCGCCCCUCUUCCUCCUCCUCAGCCAACCGCAGCUCAGAACAACCUGCCUGUCAAAAAUCUGUUUAAGCGAGCGUUCCAGAAGUCGGCGUCGGUCCGGAACAUUCUGAAGCCGGUCGGGGGGAAGAGGGUGGACUCGGCCGAGGUGCAGAAAGUGUGCGGCGUGUGUGUGCUGUAUCAGACGGCCCUCACCACGCUCACACAGAUCCGCCUGCAGAUCCUCACAGGUCUGACGUAUCUGGACGAGCUGCUGCCGAAGCUGUGGGCGUUUAUCUGUGAGCUCGGACCUCAGGGAGGACUCAAACUCUUCCUCGAGUGUCUCAACAACGACACGGACGAGUCCAAACAGCUGCUGGCCAUGCUCAUGCUCUUCUGUGACUGCUCACGACACCUAAUAACGAUCCUGGAUGAUAUCGAGGUUUACGAGGAGCAGAUUUCCUUUAAGAUGGAGGAGCUCAUCACCAUCUCGUCCUUCCUAAACACGUUUGUGUAUAAAAUGAUCUGGGAUGGCAUUCUGGAGAAUGCGAAAGGGGAGAAGCUGGAUCUGUUCCACAGCGUGCACGGCUGGCUGAUGGUGCUGUAUGAGAGAGACUGUCGCAGGAGAUUCACGCCUGAUGAACACUGGCUACGCAAGGACCUGAAGCCUAGUCUGCUGUUCCAAGAGCUGGACAAAGGCAAGAAGAGAACUCAGCUUCUGCUGCAGUACAUCCCUCACGUCAUUCCACACAAAAACAGGGUUCUGUUGUUCCGGAACAUUGUGACGAAGGAAAAGGAGACGCUGGGAUUGGUCGAGACAAGCUCCGCCUCCCCGCAUGUGACGCACAUAACUAUUCGGCGCUCUCGCAUGCUCGAGGACGGGUACGACCAGUUGCGUAGGCUGCCCGUGAACUCCAUUAAAGGUGUGAUCCGUGUGAAGUUUGUGAAUGACCUAGGGGUGGACGAGGCUGGGAUCGAUCAGGACGGAGUGUUUAAGGAGUUUCUGGAGGAGAUCAUUAAGAAGGUCUUCAACCCUGCGCUCAACCUGUUCAAGACGACCAGUGGGAACGAGCGCCUGUACCCCUCGCCCACGUCCAGCCUCCAUGAGAACCACCUGCAGCUGUUCGAGUUCGUGGGUAAGAUGCUGGGUAAGGCGCUGUACGAGGGCAUCGUGGUGGACGUCCCCUUCGCCUCGUUCUUCCUGAGUCAGGUGCUCGGACAUCACCACAGCUCCUUCUACAGCUCCAUCGACGAGCUGCCCUCACUCGACUCCGAGUUCUACAAGAACCUCACCUCCAUUAAGCGCUACGAUGGUGAUGUGAGUGAUCUGGGUCUGACUUUAUCAUACGAUGAGGAUGUGAUGGGGCAGUUAGUGUGUCAUGAGUUGAUUCCGGGUGGAAAGACCAUUUCUGUUAGUAAUGAAAACAAGAUCAGCUACAUCCACCUGAUGGCACAUUUCCGAAUGCACACCCAGAUAAAGGAGCAGACGGGGGCGUUUAUCCGCGGUUUCCGCAGCAUCAUCAACCCCGAGUGGCUGCACAUGUUCUCCACCCCUGAGGUGCAGCGGCUCAUCUCCGGGGACAACGCCGAGAUCGAUCUGGACGACCUCAAAAAGCACACUGUGUACUACGGCGGCUUCCACAGCAGCCACAGGGUGAUAAUCUGGCUGUGGGACAUCCUGUCCAGUGACUUCACUCCUGAAGAGAGGGCCAUGUUCCUCAAGUUUGUCACCAGCUGUUCCAGACCUCCUCUGUUGGGUUUCGCCUAUCUCAAACCGCCUUUCUCCAUCCGCUGUGUGGAAGUGUCGGACGACCAGGACACGGGGGACACUCUGGGCAGCGUGCUCCGUGGUUUCUUCACCAUACGCAAGAAGGAACCAGGCGGCCGUCUGCCCACCUCCUCCACCUGCUUCAACCUGCUCAAACUGCCCAAUUACAGCAAGAAGAGCAUCCUCAGAGACAAACUGCGCUACGCCAUCAGCAUGAACACGGGCUUCGAGCUCUCCUAACACACACCUCUACAUCCUCACACACACACACACACACACACACACUCAGCCAGAGACAGAGCUCAUUCAGAAACCAGCAACGACGAAAGGGAAGCAUAUAUCGAGCGAGCUUCCUGAGUUUCUGGGCAUGUUCAGAGAUGAGAGACUUGAACUGCAGCAGCACAGGGAUUAGUCAGAACGUGUUCACUGCGUACACACACACACACACAUACACACACACACUCUGAAUGGAAAAGGCGAGACCUCUGUCCUACUCAGCAUCUAAAGCCAAAGGAUCUCUACUGGCCUUAUUCACUUCCUCCUGGAGUGUGAAACUCGAUCAAACCCCUCAGCAGAUCUUACUCCCGCUUACACUUCAGUUUCAGAGUAUCGUUCUGUCUCUCUUUGUUUCUCAUCACUCGCACUCCUGGACCUUCACUUCUCAUGAGCAUUGGGACGGAACCCCUCACAUCCGAGGGUGUGUCUGGACUCUCUCUCGCGCUCUACAGCGGAAAGCAAUACGGAUUCAACACAAAGCCAUGAAACACACCACAUGAAGGAAACACCAGCUGUUCCUGAAGCGUUACUCAGACUUUUAAGUAGAUUUAAACACGCAGCUGUUUGGAUCACUGCUCUUGGUUCAGAUUGUGGCUCCACGUGAAAGAUCUAGAAGAACAAAUUUCCAUGUUUCGUCACGUUCCCUAACACACACUACAGGAAGAGAGAGAGCAUUUAAGUGACUUUUUUUUGCACAUUAUUUAAAUCAAAGCAGGCUGCCUAGAGAAGUGUGUUGGAUUCAUUUGUUUAACAGAUUUUAUUGUUCUGAAAUCGAGACGCGUUCACUAACUGUAAAUGUACAGUGAGCUGAGAGCGACUGAAUGGUUUGUUAUUAAAUCCCCAUCAUCACGACCUGACGGAAGACCGCACUGAUGAUCUGUAGUGCCGUGCUGCACAAACCCCCAGCAGCAGGAAACUAAACCCAGUGAAGUCUUAAACAAGCAGGUGUAGCUCCAGGUGUGUGUGACGUCCUGUCAUGGGUACAAUGACCUCCAUAAAAUCACUUCUUUUCUAUUUCCUCAUUAUUCAUUCAAGUUUUUAUUUGUGUCUCUUGUUUCUUUCAGGCACGUACAUGUUUUUGUGUUUAAUAAUUUUAACAUGAAACAGUAGACACACACACACACGCAUUGGUCUGCCGUGGUUUCAGAGUGUUACACUGGAAACAAGCCAUAUAGAAGGAGAUGACGAGUCUUAAACCAGCUCAGAGACUGGACUCUAAAGGACUCUGAAGUUCUCCUCUUGCAUGAUGUCACUGGAUGAUUCAAAACUCUGGUCCUGUCACUAAAUAAAAAAUGAGGGCAUUCUGGGUU